GAAUCGGAUAGCGAAUCAAUACGACAGAUAUAUUUUGCGUGGAUAGACAUUUUAUUAGCUAGCUGAAUUAAUUAUUUGCAAUAAAGUUAAAAUUAUUUAAAAAAUAUAUUUAUUUGUGUUGUAUUAACUACAAAAUUAUAAUGACUCUACGGUAUAUUAGUGUUAUAAAAAUGAUAUACGAAACCAAAAUUAUUUGAUGUUUUUCAUUUGUGAUUUAAAAGUUUAGUGAAAGUGAUUUUACAACAUUAAAAUAAUGGCGGAAUCUAACGGAAAGGGCAGAUUUUCUCCGUUUACAAGACAGUUGUUCGUGACAGUGGCCAUCUUCUUCAACACGAUGGGCCACGGCGCCGGCGUGGGCUACGUGGCCGUGCUGUCCAUGCAGCUGCAGGUGCCCGGAGCCCUGAUACAGAUCACCCCGAGCGUGCUGUCUUGGAUUGCCUCAAUGGUAGGCCCGUCGCUGGUGAUAGGCAACUUCCUGAGUGGCCCCAUCAUGAGUCGCUUCGGCCGCAAGAAGGCCAUGUACUGCGUGAUCCUACCCGCCAUGAUCGGCUGGUUCAUCACCAUCUUGGCUACUACUCGUGAGGAGUUGUUCGUGGGAAAAAUACUCCAAGGUAUAUCUUUCGGUAUGGUCCUGCCUCUACGGUCCUGCAUGCUGGGAGAAUACCUGACUCCGGCCAACAGAGGACCUUUCAUGUCCACCAUCUCCCUGGGCCAGGCCGCCGGCAUCACCACCGCUCACAUCAUUGGCUCCUUCAUCUCCUGGCAGAUGACUGGACUCGUCAUCUCCUUCUUCUUCUUCAUCAGCCUCAUCAUCACGAUCUACUCCCCGGAGUCACCGAGCUAUCUCGCCUCUAAGGGCCGCUAUGACGAAGCGAGAGAGGCGUUCAGGUGGCUCAGAGGAGACGGAGAAGAGCAAGAACUCAACAAUCUCAUCAAACUGUGCCUGCUGGCCGAGAAGAACAAGAUCGAACUGGAGAUCCUCAGAAGACGCGGAGUUAUGAUCAGAGUAGCUGAGGCGAUUAAGAAACCGGAAUUUUUCAAGCCCAUCAUACUGAUGACACACGCUUUCUUCCUCGGACAGUUUUCUGGGGCCAUGGCAUUGGCGAAUUACCCGACAAAGGUCAUUGGGGGACUGAUAGGACCGGAAGCCAGUGUGCCGUUCUGGAUGAUAUUCUUGGACGUCCAAAGACUGUGCAGCAAUAUGGCGACCAUAUUUAUCAUCGGUAAAGUUAAGCGGAGAACAAUGAUGCUCUCGACUGGGUUGCUGUGUGUGCUCAGCCACGUCGGCAUAGCAGGCUACAUGUACUUGAAGAAGAAUGGUUUGUUAUUCUACGACGCUGCAUGGAUCCCUAUGCUGCUAUUGAACCUGCAGAUCAUGUCUGUAGGCAUGGGGAUGGUGCCGAUGCCAAACGUGCUAGCUGGAGAAGUAUAUCCUCUAGAGUAUCGAAGCAUCUGUGGGUCGUUCAGCUUGGUGACAUCCUCGUUCAUUCUGUUCACAUCGUUGAAGACCUUCCCUUCCUUCCUCGAAGCUGUGGGUCUCCACGGAACUUACGUCAUUUACACGCUGAUCUUAGCCUACAGUUUGUCGGUGGUCAUGUACUUACUGCCUGAGACGAAAGGUCGGACUUUGCAGGAGAUUGAGGACAUAUUCCGUGGUCAACCGCUGUUACCGGAAGAGAUGGAAGUCAGGAAGUCACUGCAGAAAAUCCACGAGAGUAGACUGUCGCUACGGAAAAGCAGUAUACAUAGUAUAGAUAUCUAGUAUCUAGAUGUAGUUAUUGAUAAUAGUAGUUAAUUUUAGAAAGACGUUUUUUAAAUGAAAUGGAGGUGAUGUAGACUCAUAAAUAGUUAGAGGUUUAAUAAAUUAAGAUCACUUA